CAUAGAUUGGAUUCUGGUUCUCCCGGUCGAUCCCCUUCCUGGGGUUAUCCCCUGGAGUCAGAGUUUGUCGGGGUUGGGGGUAUUUAGGUCCCCCAGAUCCUGCUCAAUUUUCUCUGGUUUAUUCCUUUCUCCAGGCUAGUCUCGAUUACCUACCCAACUAGUCCCAACCACACCGGCAACAAGCCGUACCACCGCCAAAAUGACUGACAUAAUUGACAAAGAACAAACCAACAACACCAAUCCCUCCAAUACCACCGACAACACCAACAACACUCCCCCCCAAUACUACUACAUAGACCCUCGCUAUGGCCCCCUCGCUCGCAUCAACACAGCUGAGACCCAGCUCCCGGCUUUCGCCAGCGAGCUGCAGCCCGGUCUGCAUCGUCCCGGGCCCGUCGAGACGCAGAAGAUGGGGAAUCCGGCGCCGUUGGGGCUUGCGGCUUUCGCGUUGACUACGUUCAUCCUGGGGUGUAUUAAUAUGGGGGCGAGGGAUAUUACGGAGCCGAAUAUUGUUGUUGGGCCGGCGUUUGCGUAUGGUGGGUUGGUGCAGCUUUGUGCGGGGAUGUGGGAAAUGGCCGCUGGAAACACAUUCGGUGCAACUGCGCUGUCCUCGUACGGCGGUUUCUGGAUCUCCCUGGCCAUUGUCUUCACUCCCGGCGGAUUCAGUAUCAUGUCUAGCCUAGAAAAAGCCGGAGGCGGGACCACGGACAUGUUCUACGACUCUCUCGGUUUAUUCCUUUUGGGCUGGUUCAUAUUCACCUUCCUCCUCGUCCUCUGCACCCUAAAAUCCACCUUCGUCUUCUGUGGCAUCUUCAUCACCGUCGAUAUCGCCUUCCUGCUUCUCGGAAUCGGAUACAUCCACCGCAACGGCUCCUCGUCGCCCAAUGAGCCUGUUAUCAAGGCUGGUGGGCUGUUUGCGUUGUUGGCGGCGUUCCAGGCGUGGUACGUUUGUUUGGCGGGGUUGGCGAAUGAUAGUAAUAGUUUUGUGCGGAUUCCGGCAACGCAUUUCCCGUGGUCGGAGAAGGGGAGGGCGUCGAGGAAGAAUAACUAAGUUAGAUGGGUUUUGGGGGAUAGAGGGUGUCUAGAUGGUGAUAGAUUUGUGAUGAUAGAUAUAUCCAGGUGUGUGGAAUGGUAUCUGGCCGUUUGGAUAGAUUUGUCUGUCUCGUGACGCGCUGUCUUCGUUCGGUUGAUGGCGAUUUCUUUUCUUAUGUUCGUCUGCCGGUGUGGUAGAUUGUUUUCCCUUAUAGUACAUAAUCUAUUCUUAAUUAUGAUGAC